UUCCUGAUCAGCGGGCUCUCGCAAUCCCAGGAUGCAUUGCGAUACUCGUAGACUAUUUCACGCGCGAUUCCAGACAACCGUAUAAAAUGACCACACAAGUUCCUAAGUGGUUGAAUUUCUUCAAAGACGCUGGAAUUCCAGUCACGCUCGCCACGAACUAUGCCAUCACUUUCUGUGAUCACAGAAUUCAAAACGAUAUGCUCCCUGAUCUAACCAAGGAGAUAUUGCGUGACAUGGGGAUCACAGUUAUGGGAGAUAUCAUAGCAAUCCUGAGACAUGCUAAAGAAGUUCAUGCACAGAGUGAAAGAGAGAAGGCAGCCGAAGCAUUUUCAUCUGAAUCAGAAGUGAAAACACCCAGUCGAACUCCAGGCCGCAGAACCCCACCUGAACUCCAAGCUAGGAAAGAGACUCCAGCCAGUCGUAUGGUUGACAGUUGGAUUAGUAAUCAAAGACUCCAGAGUGGAACUAGAAGUCCAAGCAAUGCCAGUAAUUCUCCACGCAAUUCACCAUCACUGAAGAAAAAGUUAAAGAUAACAACUUCCUCUGAAUUUGAACCCAGAGCCAAAGUUCCAACAAAGUCUCUGUCCGACCGAUUUGGUGGCCGACUAGGUGGUGUAGGUGGGGCAUCCUUGGCAGCAACGAAUAAAGUGGUACCAAAGGUGCAGAGGGUCAGUUUGAGCCCAGGGGGGCAGGUGACGGUAAAGCCAGCAAGGAGAGUGCAGGGGGCUGUGAUUAAGCAGACAGUAUCUAGCAAGCAGAAGUUGACUGUGGCAGUGGGAGCUAAGGGAAAGGGGAAAGUCUCCUCAGUCUUUGAUCGUCUUGGAGAGGAACCCAGUGGUCCAAAACCUGUACCAAAGAUGGCAGCAGCUGCCCCUAUCAGGGCACAACCUCCACUGAAACCCCUCAAAACCAGCAUCACUGCACAGAAAAAGGUCAAAACUCCUACGGAACCAUCUUCAUCCUCUGUAUUUAGUCGAUUAGGAGGUAUCUCUGCACCCCAGGGCAAACAGCAAGUCUCCAUAGCACCACUUCCAACUAGGAAUCUUCAGCCAUUUUUUACAUCUGCUGAUGAUGAUGACAAUGAAGAUGGCAUAGAUUACAGCUCGCACAGUGUGCUGCGACCUGUCCGGGAGAAGGAACCAGUCAAAGUCAAACCAGUCAAGCAGGUUCAACCUGUCAAGCGAUCUGUCGGGCUUGUCUCUAGCAAUGACGAAUCGGGGCGAUCAGUGUUUACAAGGCUAGGUCCUAAGUCAUGAACAUUAGUUAAAUCGAUUUUUAAAUUCUUAUCAAGGAGAUUUUUAAGGACAUCUCAUAGCAAAAGAAAGACACUUAUAUACAGACUGUAGAUUCAAUGAAUGGGUUUAUAAAAAAACAGUUGAAGAUCACUUCAAAGCUAGAGAAGUUUUAUAAAAACAGUAAAACAUUAAAAGUCAAUGUGGCCUUAUCUACAUCUCAUAAAAAAAGAUAGGAACCUCCACACCACAUUCUGUACAUGCUACAGAAAUUAAUAAAUUCUCUAUGAAUAGGUUCUUACAGAAACAAUAGUUUACAAAGUGAGACUUACAAGUACAAUGUUGAUUUAUCCACAAAUCACACCUAUUUAUUGAAACUUCAUAUGCAUUCAUUUCAGGCAAGCUUUAAAUAACGUUAUAGCCGAAUCUGUUGUUGUGCGACCGUCAGAGAAUUCAAAUCCAUUUAGUGUUUGGGAAUAGCGCAUUGUCAAUCAUACCACCCUGACCAAUCUAUUCCUUGCUGUGUGCAGUCAAAAGGUUUAUGACGCGACAGUAAGAACAUGAAAGCCAUGGAUUGGUUUGGACGAAUAAUUGACUAUGCGCUAUUCCCGAACGAGGAUUUUGUAUUCGCUGAGGUCGUGCAACAACGAAUUUAGCUAUAUUCAUGUUUAUAAGCAGUGGCACCCAAAUUCAAGCUUUAGGCAUUUUUUCAUUCUUGACUUAUUUCUCUCAAUAAUAUUGUGCUUGGAAUGCAAGUUUCCAUUCAUGAAUAGGACCACAUGCUGAGAGAAAGAUCAUCAAAAUGGUGCAAAAUUAACGUUUCCACAGGUGUUAUAAACUGUUUUAUUAUAUUGUUAUUUGAUGACUCACUAUUAUAUUGGUAUUUUAACAUAUUCCUGACAUGUUGUUGAUUAAACCAAUUCUUUCUUCCUGUUA